UAGCUCCCUCCCAGAUAAAUAAUCCACCUCUGCACACAAUCCCACUCAGAAAGGAGGCUGUGUUCCCACAUAACAUUUGGAGGAGACACACCCUCAGAUCUGCUGAGCGACAGGAGGAGAGCUUCUGCCUGAGGAGUUGAUGGGAUGCAGAGAGGAGCCACACAGUGAGCUUUAACCCUGCAUCACAGAGCAACAGGAUGGAGACAUGAUGGGGACAAUUUAGCCGAACGAAGGACCGCCACUCCCCACUGAUCCCUGUCACCAUGCCAACAUUUACAAUCCUCAGAGCAAACAGGAGUCCCCUGAGAAACUGCUGAGUUUAUCAGAGUAUAAAAGCUUCCUUCUUACUCUGUGGGGGAGACGGGGAUGCAGAGAUGGUUCUCCGCUGGGAUCUCCUUCUGCUUUCUACCUUCCUGUUGAAGGCUGGUCCGGUUAUCGGAUGUGUUUGUCCACCAGCAACGAUUUUAUCCCAGUUUCCCUCUGAAGGUUUGGCAUCUUCCUGCUGCUUGAACUUCUCUGGCUCUGCACUCAGUCAUGCACACUGGUCUGUGUUCACCAAUGGGACCAAAGCACAGAUUCUGGAUCUCUCCAACUGUAACAUCAGCUUUAUUUAUGUUAGUGAUAAACAAGCUUCUGAACUGCAGAGGGUUUACUUAGGUCGGAACAGACUGAGAGCGUUACCAAAGCAGUUCCUGGCAGGGCAGCCCAGUCUGAUUGAGGUGGAUCUGAGUGAGAACCUCCUGGAGGAGCUCCCCAAAGACUUUCUCCAGGAUUCUGAUUAUCUCCAGAGGCUGGAUCUGCGGGGGAACCAGCUACGUUCCCUCCCCGGUGAUUUAUUGCAGAUACGCAGUCUUGAAAGACUAGAGCUGGAUGAGAACCUCUGGGAAUGCUCCUGUUUGUUCCUGGAGGUGUUGGAGGCAGGCCAGCAGGCUAACAGGACCACCAGGCUGGAGGAUCUUGUGGGAAACGUGACAUGCUCCUCUCCUGAACACCUGGCUGGGAGGACAGUGUGGUCUCUGAUGAUCAGUGACAUCUGCCGCCCAGCCGGCCUUACAGCACUCUUCAUCGUGCUCCCCCUGCUUAUCCUCUCUGCCUUGCUGCUCUGCUGGUGCUGCGGGAGGAAGAGGAAGAAAAAGGAAACACCUGCUUUCAGCUCUUCCAAGAAGAGGGCUCCCAGCUUUGGUUACAACAACCAUAAACAGCCCAACAAACCGCAGCCUCCAGGGGCCGAGCAGGGAGGAGCUGCUGACUCCGGCAGAGAGGGAAUCCUGAAGAACCAGCUGCUGCUGCGGCCGGCCUCGGCUCUCCUGGGCAGCACUCGGGACAUCUACGAAGAGGUGGAGAUCAAGCUCAGCUCUGUGGAGUCUCUUCCCCCAGCGUCCUGCUCCAGCUCUGCAGAGGGGAAUCAGGGCUCCCAGGAGCCCAACGGGGCCAACAAGACAGAGCUGGACACGGUCAGUGUGACAGAGGUGAUGAAAGACUCGGCUGACAGGGAGAAGGCUUAUCUGACUCAGUCCACUGAGUACUACAGCCUGGUGCCGGGUAUAGAGCUGGAGGACUCGGACCACGGGGAAUAUGAGAACGUAAAUCUGUCCUGACAUAAAGUUAAACACCUUAAAGACAUAUGCUCAAGUUUACAUACAGACUCUCAAUGUCGGG